AUGCUGUUUGUGUGGCCGCCUCUGUGUUUUCCUUUUACUCUGCUGCGUGGGCCGCAUUCUGACGCAUUACUGGUCCAAAGCCAUUUUGCUUUUCUCACUCUUCUUUUUCCUUUGUUUCUCUCCUCCCGCAUCCAGGCUGCGCCACUGCUGCUACUCACACGAAACCAAAAAAUGCAUUUUACUCAAGUCAUGCGCCAGCCACGCCGCGCCACACCGCUUUUCCCACUGGUGGCGUUGCUGCUGAUGUGCUGCGCCAUUAGGUGUGUUGCUGCUGUACCCGCCACACAAUACCGCUUUGGGUUUGACGUGCCGAAGAGGAGGAACGGCCCGCUGUCGACUGCGGUGGUGCGUGAGGUGCCGCGCAAGGGACAGGGCGCGAUGCAGGCAUACACCGUCGCCACACAGGAUGACGACAGUGGCUGGGAGCCGAUCCGCAUUGCGGUGUACACGGAGGAUCUGGAGAGAGGCACGAACAAGAGGAAGAAGUACUGCGAAGAAGGAGAGGAUGAGUGCUACAAUGCAUUGGGGCAAAAGGUGUCAUGCAAAGCAGAGCAUUUCCUGACGGAGGCAAAGACACAAUUGUACACUGGAGAGAUUCUCUUCGGUGCCGUCAAACUGCACGCUGAGCGACUACUUGUGAAACCCACUGGUGGGACGAUAACUGUACCGAGGGCUGUGAAUGGACCGUGCAGCCACUUUGCGGUUCCUGCCAGGCAAAAGAGUGACGGUGUGCCGAAUGCAGCUUUUAUCAUCUACGCUGCUGCUAGGCCAUCGGGCACGAAUAGCAGGUCUGUGUGGGCGGCCACGUGUAACACAUUGACAGACUUUUGCCCCUACAUUGGCGCCAUGAACUUUGAUCCGAAGUACAUGACUGACACGGCGUGGAGCGUUCGCGUUGCCGCACACGAAAUUGCGCAUGCACUUUGGUUCAGCCAGGAGAGUAUGGAAGACAAGAGCCUGGUGAAGAAGCCAGAGAGAAGUGUGCGUGGGACGCACCGCAGGAUGGUGGCAGGGAAGCACGUUCAGGAGAAGGCGAAAGCGCACUUUGGUUGUGACUCUCUCGAGGGCAUGGUGCUGGAGGACGAAGAUGGCCCUCCGGAAAAGGAAAUCCCUCACUGGAAGGGACGCCACGCGCGGGACGAGCUGAUGGCUCCCGCAGUCGGUGCCGGCUACUACACGGCUCUGACGAUGGCGGUGUUUGCGGAUAUGGGAUACUACCGCGUGAAUUGGAGGAUGGCGGAGCCGAUGAGCUGGGGCAGCCGCAGUGGCUGCGACUUCCUGGUCAACAAGUGCAAUACAACCGAUAAUCUUGCCGCCAAGUAUCCUCACAUGUUUUGCGAUGCUAAAGACACAGAGACGCUUCGCUGCACCUCCGACCGCCGUCACGUUGGGACGUGCACCGCAAGCAUUGUUGAGGACAAGGGGAGUCUGGUGGAUAAGGACGUUUGCCCUGUUGUUUCUUUGGAAUUUCACGAAAUCUCGUCUGGGACAACGUACGGGACGUGCUCGGACGAAAAUGUGGAUUAUCUCCGUGGGUCGCUGACUGGCGGCGGCUCGUGGUGCCUGGACGCGGAGUUACUGGAGACGAAGGGCGGUGAUGGCCAUAAAAGCGUCAAGGGAGUGUGCACGCAGGUGUCAUGUGGGGAGGGCACAGUGAGGGUGAAGCACCUCGGCGGCAGUGUUUUUCAGCCUUGCCCUGAGGACACUGACAUCCCAGUGGCGUUUAAAGAUUUUCAGAAGGAUGGGAAGAUCAAGUCCCCCACGUACGGCGAGGUGUGCACCAUUGCCGCGAACGGCAGCAAUCCUGUCAUUCCGAGCGCGUUGGUGGGUGGACAGGGUGACGAGCAAGAGGAGGAAGCAGAAGAGUCGGCGGUUGCUUCAGGGUCGACUCCGGAGGAACUCGUCCACAGUUGUCUCGUGUGGCGUCUGGUGCCUCCAUUGAAAAGGAGCCUCCCGGUGCUUCGGCUGCGGGUGUCGCUGGUGGUGGCCUUCAUGCCGGUCCGAGGGGUGAUCCGGGGGUGCGGGCCGAAAGUGAGGACAACACUCAGCGGCGAGGGAGGAGACCUGUCAGUGGGAGCGAGGGAGCCAACAGAGCCUCCGGCUCCGACGCUUUUUUUUUGCGCCAUCGCCCGGCGAGGACGUUGCACGAGCGGAGGGCGACCCGCGGGCGGAUUGCCCAGCGGUGGUUCCCAGUGCCUCCGUGCCUGCCACUCCGAUUCCGUCCGUCAACAGCGACGAUUUCCAGGCGAUACCCGAUGCGUUGGUACAGCAGGCCGACAGUGA